AUGUUGAAUAUCACCAAAUCUGAAUUAACUGAUCUCAGUUUAGAUAAUCAACAACCGUCAAUAACAACAAAAAUAUCAACAAUAAACAACAUUUAUGAUUCAAUAGUUUUAGAAAUUUUGAAAAUGAAUAAAUAUUCUGUAAUCAAAGUAAUUGGUGUGGGUUCUUCAGAAGGCAAAGCUAUACUUGUCAGAAAAAUAGAGAACGAACAAAUGUUUGUUAUCAAACAGAGGAAUUUCACUGACAUUGAAGAGGCCAACGACGGAUUAAAUGAAGCAAUGCUAUUGGCGAAACUCCAAAAUUCAAACAUUGUAAAAUUCGAAGAAGUGUUCAUCGUCAACAAUGGAAAUAAUGGAUUCAGUCUAUGUAUAGUUAUGGAGUACUGUGAUGGUGGCGAUCUAUUUGAAUUUAUGAUCAAUUUAAUAUUGGCUGGAGGUUCCGCUUCUCAUGGCAACGAGAUAGAAGAUACCUUGGAGUUAGAAGAGAUAGAGGAAUCGGAGGAAGAGGAGUAUACUAUAUCAUCGACAUCACCAUCAUCUAGCACCACCAGUAGUACUAGUAGCUGUACAACCACCAGCACCACCUCCAAUAUAUCUAGUUACAGCUAUUGUUCAACCCCAGAAUCUUUUCCAACAUCGUUCAAAGAUAUGCCAAAAAUAAACUUGUCACCACAACAGAGUACAUUAACACACUCUGGAAUCUACGAACAACAAAAGGCAUAUCAACUACUUUUAUAUCAAGAUAGAAAACUAGAUGAAAAGACAGAUACUCAGAAAAAGAAAUCAUCUAGCUGGUAUAGAAGAAAAUCUAAGGAUCAAAAAGAUUUUUCAAUUUCCAAUACAGAACAACCAUUUCUACCACCUCUUAGUCCUACAAUCAAUUAUGGUAACAAGAAAACUAGAAUAUUAAUUCCUCCAAAAGUUUUAUAUAAUUGGAUUUAUCAACUUUGUCUUGGAGUUCAUCAAAUUCAUAAUUCUCAUUUCAUACACAGAGAUUUAAAAUCUGAAAAUAUAUUCUUAUCACAAUGUCAAAUUAAAAUUGGUGAUUUUGGUUUGGCUACUAAAUUUGAAUCUAGUGUAAAAGGUGUUGCCGGUACCUAUUAUUAUUCCUCACCAGAAAUAUUAAAUAAUCAACCAUACUGUAGACCUGCAGAUAUCUUUUCUUUAGGAUGUAUCAUUUAUGAAAUGACUACCUUACAUUUGUUACCUCUAACUAAGAGAUGUAUUGCCGAGGAACUCAUUUCAGGAACUUUUGAUGCUGCAAGUUUCAAAAAGGAAUUUCCUACUGAUUAUCACGAUUUAGCAGAUUUAGUUUUGAAAAUGUUAGAUGAAAAUGCAGAAUACAGACCUUCAAUUGAUUUAAUUUUACAACAUAAAAUAUUUGAUGUUUUCAAGAUUCCAAAGAGUUUUGAAAAAGUUGAAGUUUCUGCAACCAGCGUAUCAAAUGUAUCAACUUUUUCAAUUUCACCUCAUGGUGGAUUUAGAAAGCAAUUGGAAAAAGCUGAUUUAGUAGCAUCGUCUGCUUUGUUGGCUGAAGCCUAUGAUAACGACCCAAGAUUCUCUUGGAUUGGAAAAAAAGAUAAACCCAAAUCCCACAGUUUAAGAAAGAUGUUCUUUUACAAUGGUCUUAAGAUUAUGUUUGAAGAAAGAUUUUUACUAUGGGGAUAUCAUAAUUCAGAUAAUGUAUUAAAUGGUGUUGCAUGUUGGAUGACUCCAGAUUAUAAUAAUGAAGAUGAUUAA